UUAAGCUUAUUAAAGGUGUGGGACUUCUUUCUGUGCAAAAAAAAAAAGAGUUUUUUUGUUUAAAAGUGUUACUUUUUGGUGAUUUAUACAAAAGGGCUGCAGCAGCCUCUCGGUUUGUCAUUUUUAACAUUCAGCACAGAGGGAAAAUAAUCUGCAUUUCCAGCGAGCGUCAGAUAAAACAACUGAUUUAAAUGUCUGUGAAAGAAAUAAGUAUUUAAAUAAUUCAGAGAGGGCAUAAUUAAGUGUUUAAUGCCAAGUUGUAGUUCAAAGGCACAACAAAGAAAAUUAGAAUUCAAAUUAGAAAAUGGAAAAGAGAUGCAGAUCCUCUCGGAGAUGAGAACUUUGUGUUGAGUCACUUGAUUUUUUUUUUUUUUCUUUUCCUGCAUCAAACAGUCAUGCAGGGGCUCUUGGAGAUCUCCAGAGAUAACAAUGUCACAUUGUCACACAGGGUUCUGCUACAAAUCCUUAAUUACAAAAAGAGGAUCAGAUGACUACAGCAUCCAAUACUGGGGUCUCCAGGCGGCAUGGGGGUCUUUGAUCAAGAAAAUCCAAUUAUUUGUGUAUAUACAUUUCCCACAUAGUGAUUACUUCAUUAAUUGUCCCGCCUUUAUCUCCUCCCCUCCCAACCCCCCUAAUAAUCAGCUCCUUUAUCCAGACCAACAAACACACCAUAGGAGCUUUGUGGAUUCAAAGGAUUUGCUUUCCCCUCUCAAAGAGCCGCCAUUCUUUGAUGAUUGGGCAGCGGCAAACUUCAAAGUAAUAAAUCUUAUUUCUGACUGGCUGGCGGCCCACCAAAGUCCUUAUCAAAUUCUAAGAAGUGAUCCCUCACUCUCCAGAUACACCAAGGAUAUUUGGGAGAGAGGAGGAAGCGCGGGAGGCUGCUGGAGAGCUGCUGGGAGACGGCUGUUGGAUGCUCGGAUCGGGCGAAAAUUAGCGCGUUUGUUUGGUAGUUUUUUUUGCACGCGGAGGAGGGCGCGCGCCAUGGCAGCGGUGGCUGUUCUGCGGAAUGAAACACUGCAAGCUUUUCUACAGGAUCGAACUCCAAACUCUUCUCCAGAGAACUGUAAGCACUCCCCGCUGGCUCUCCUGGCUGCCACUUGUAACCGGAUCGGGCACCACCACGGAUCCAACCCCACAGAGUUCCUCCAGGUGCCCUACGACCCCACUCUGGGCUCCCCUUCGCGGCUGUUCCACCCGUGGACUAACGAGGGCACCCCUCCGAGCAGCUCCACUUUCGGACUAUCCUCCAAGCCGCAGCUGUCUGCGCACAUCCAGAGCUCCUUCAGCUCCCCCCACGAACUGCCCCUGACCCCUCCGGCGGACCCCUCGUACCCUUAUGACUUCUCCCCCGUGAAGAUGCUACCUUGCUCCAUGCAGUCCACCUGCCCCCCUACUUACGUCCCGGCCGUCAGUUACGCAGCGCCAGCUCCCAUCCCGCCCGCCAUGCCAAGUUUUGUGACGGGACCCUCCGGCCUGGUGCACCACCAGCAGCAGAGACAGUUGUCCCCCAACCCCGGGGAGGACAUCCCGUGGUGGAGUCUGCAGCAGGGCAACCACGUCAGCCACUCUUCCUCCCUGGCCCCGCACCGCUUCCAGCUCCAGAGGGGUUUGGUUCUGGGGCACACGGACUUUGCACAAUACCAGACGCAGAUCGCCGCGCUGCUGCACACCAAGUCCCCCCUGGCGACGGCGCGCCGCUGCAGACGCUGCAGGUGUCCCAACUGCCAGUCCUCCACGUCCAGCGACGAGCCGGGCAAGAAGAAGCAGCACAUCUGCCACAUCCCCGGCUGCGGGAAAGUUUACGGGAAAACGUCGCACCUGAAGGCGCACCUGCGCUGGCACUCGGGCGAGCGGCCGUUUGUCUGCAACUGGCUCUUCUGUGGCAAGAGCUUCACCAGGUCGGACGAGCUGCAGAGACACCUGAGGACUCACACUGGGGAGAAGCGCUUCGUGUGCCCGGACUGCUGCAAGAGGUUCAUGAGGAGUGACCACCUGGCCAAGCACGUCAAAACGCACCAGAACAAAAGGAGCAAGUGUCAGGAAAAGACGCUGGAGCACGUCAAACGAGAGGACACGAGGAGUAUGCUGUAACAGCCACAAGUCCACGUGGACUGGGACACUUUUUGGGGCAACAAAAGCUUCCAAAUACACAUUUUUUUGUAAAUAUAUAAAUAUAAAAAAAGUUUCAUAAGUUAAUUUGGGCCCAUAAAAACUCAUAAGUUUGAAUUCAAUGUCUACGUGAAAUCAAGACAAGUUUUCAACUUGUGUUUUGAUUCAUUGUCUUCGGUGGAAGAUUUCGCUCCCUUGUACAAAUUCUAUUUAAUAGCUUUUGUUGAAUGAAAGUGUCUGUUCUUCGCUCCAUAUGGGGUGUUUUUAAAGCAUGCUCUUGAAAAGAUCUGCUGUUGUUGACAUGACCCAAAUACUGUGUGAGAAUAAAAGUUAUAACAUUUCUUCCUUUGCUCAGAAGAUUUCAUUCUGUGUUGAAAGGCGAGGCAGCAAAAAUAGGGGGGAAAAAAGAAGUGUAAUAUCAAUAUUUUAUAUUUACAAGUAGUAACGUUUUUUAUGCAAACAAAUUAAAAAACUGAAGAUAAUUUGAUUUAUUAAUGAUUUAAGGGUUAAAAGGGUGACAGAAUGGCCAAUAAUUAUUUUGCAAACUAAUUUAAAAAAUGAAAAAUUCUGAAUUUGUUCUGAAAAAUUGAAGUUCUUUUGGUUUCAAGUCAAAGGAAAACAUUAAAAAUACCACAAUUCUUUUUGUACACCAUUGGAAGGCUUCUGGUUACUAUAAAUAUUUUAUGAAUACACAAAGCUUUAUGAGUUCUGCAUACUUUUUGCUAAGUAAUAAAUGUGUGAAAAUUUGCUAAAUAAAUUUAGUUCCUCCUAUAGAUCUCAUCGCUAAAUAGUUGUGAACUUGAAAAAGUGCCAAAAAUAAAAUUUAUUUAUUUUUAAACUUGUGCACUCCAUUAGAAAAUGUCAUAAAAAUUAUUCCUAUCAUCCAACAUAAGCCUUCCGCUAUAGUAAAAUGAGAGUAUUGUAGUAUUUUAUGUUUUCCUUUAACUUAAAUUCAAAAUGAAAGUUGAUGUGCUGUAUUCUGUUAUGUAUAUUUAUCCAUUUUUCCAGUGAUAAAUGUUAUUUUAACAGUAUUUUGUCAGGCUAAUCAUAUAGAAAAACACUUAUAGUAAUUUCACUUCAUUUACCCACUUAAUUUAAGUGUUUUCCUAAAAAAAUAUUUAAAAAAUAAAAUAUUAAAUGCCUGUAAAUCCAAGUUUAAAGUGAACAAACUUAUACUUCCUGUCUCAUGAGAGCUGAGAGCUGAUCCAGAGAUUCAGACAGAUGUGGAUCUGAUCAAUGGAGAAGAGGGGUUGUCACUGUGCAUCUAGUUUUCUGCCUCAACAGCACCCCCUCUUGUAACUCGGUGUCUGAUGACAGAAAAUAUUCUGAAAAAUGAAAAGAUUUCUGCUUCAGUGAUUGACUGUGUCUCUGUGAGGUGUUCCCUCCAACUUCUUCUUAACUUUAGCUUAUCGCACACGGACUAAAAAUGACAGAGGAUUUUCUUUAGGCGACUGUUAUGCAUUCAUUUAUAUUUACAUAAUUAUGAAAUUAGUUGAUUGUGUCUUUUAAACUCUGAUCUCCUUUCUUUAAAGAAAUUAAUGCAUUUUUUUUAAAUCAGUGACUUGAAUCUUGUUGUAAGGCAUUUCAAUGCAAAAACACAAGUAUUACAACAAAAUCUCUCACAAGUAAUCUGAAAGAUUAGCACAUUUUAUUCGUAUUUACCCCCCAAAAAACCUUAAAUCUGUGAGCUUCACAAACAGCUUUUACACGCCCUGCGUUCACUCUCCGUCAGAGUUCAAAGACUUUUGCUGAUACUUAUUGCAUUUUAUUCUUUUAGAAUUGUAUUACCUUACAAGAAAAUGUAUCCUAUUUAAAUUUUCUUCCUUCAAAGUGGAAUUUUACUUUUUUAAAUUUAAUUAUGUUUCUUGUUUAAGAUUUUUUUUAUAUCUGUCAUAAGUUAUCUAAAAUGAAAUAGUGUUCCAUUUGUAGAAUAAAUUAUGUUUUUUAUGUGCCUGUUACAGUUGACAAGGAUAGCAAUUUAGAACAAAAAAAAAUAUUGAUAAAAAAGAAGUCAAUGCAAAACUGAGUACUAUGUGAUUCAAGUACUUUGGAUCACUAGAAGCUGAACUGCAGGAUAAAAAGGGUUGAAAAUUUCAAUUUAAAAUGCAUUUUGACCAUCAUUAUUCUGUAAAGUGUUUGUGGUGCUGAACUGGCUUCAGAGGUUCUUCAGUGUAAUUGACUAAUAAGCAUUAGAUACAAUUUAUUUGAAACCUUUAUUUAAGUAAACCUCACAGACUUAAAAAAACAAAGAAAAAAGUUUACAUUUUGGAGAAAUCCAUUAAAAUUCCGAAUUUGGCACCUGGAGAAGAAGUGGACGAUACUGGGAAUUUGGGGAUCGAUUCGAAAUCAAGUCAUUACAGGGCUAGUAUCGCCGAUUCUGAUACCAAUACCGAUGCUGAUACAGAUACUUUAAAUAUUGUAUUAUACAAAAUUUACGGAAAUACAAUCUUUUUGUUAGUUAAAUGUGUAAUAAAACACAGGACUGACACGUUUGACAAAUAAAAAUGUGAAUCAACUAAUUACAGUAAUGAACACACAUCAAAUAUAGAGCAUGUAUAUUAAUAAUGGCAUCAUACCAUUAUAAUAAAAAGAAAACAGUAGCUAGUGCAGCAUUAAAAAAAGUAACAAAAAUGUAAGUAUAACAGCUCCAUAAAAAUAUAUGGUUUUUAAAAUAAAAACAGUAAUAAAAUACCAAAGUCACUGGUAAAAAAAUAUUAAAGGUAACAAUAUGAUGAAAAUAUAAAAACACAACAAAAAGUCUUUCCAUUGCGUGCAUAUCCCACUCUUUAAUGAAUCUCUCCACUCUCCGAUAAGGCAGGGUGUGAGGAAGUGGUGUCCUGUUUAAACCGGCGGACAAUUUCGCCAAAUAGGGCAGUUUCCUGCACAAAUUGGGAAGGUUUUUCUUUUACUCAAAUUUGACUUUUUUUUGCCCAAUCUGGCAACACUGUAGACAGUUAGAAGCUGUACUUGCCUGAACUCUACUAGUAAUUGUAAGCUCUUUACUGUAAGUAUUGAAGAUUCGGAAAACAAAAUGAAUGUUAGAAAAACAAAACAUGAUGAGAAACCAAAAACGUUAGACAUUAUGGGGCGUUGCUGAUUGGAUGAUGAUGUUUGUCCAUCAUUUCAACCAAAAGUUAUUUGAUAUGAAGCGAUACUGGAUGUCAUCAUGCAAUAAGUGUAGCCCACUAGUUCCUACCUUUUCCAUUUUUUUUGCUUUUGUUUUCUAAAAA